UCGCGAUAUUUCAACCCGCUUAUUGAAACUGCCCAGUGCAAACCACAAAGUAUGCCAGUAGCAGCACCACCAAUACCGGUUCCUGCUAAUUUUGGAUUUAUUCCAGCGAUGCCCGAUACCGAAGAUGCAGCGGCUGGCGAAAGCCCAUUCACUGUUGACAGUACCCCCAGAAUGCAAGAGAAUGAAGUGGAGGCAAAGGAAAAUACCGAAGAUGCAGCGGCUGGCGAAAGCCCAUUCACUGUUGACAGUACCCCCAAAAUGCAAGAGAAUGAAGUGGAGGCAAAGGAAAGUCAAUCGGUUGCAACAUAA